AUGAAAAUUAACAUUUCUUCAGCCGUGAUCAGACAGUAUGCUCUUGUUUUUACCGUUAAUCUCGCCGUUCUCUCGACUGGUAUGAGCUUGUCCUGGCCAUCACCAGUUCUUGUGAAACUACAGAAUUCUACUGAGACACCUCUACCAGAACCCGUCACAGAUGAAGAGGGAUCAUGGAUCGUUUCUGCUGGAUUCCUAUGUUGCUUAAUUUCAAAUAUUUUCGGCGGUAUGCUGCUAGAUGUUAUCGGUAGAAAGUACUGCAUCUUGUUGGCUAUGGUUCCGAAGUUACUAAUGUCGUUCAUACUCAUAUUCGCUAACAGAGUAUGGAUGUUCAUAUUUUGUAGAGCAGUUAUGUUGAUGACAGAUUCAUUAGUGUUCAUCGUCGUUCCUGUUUAUGCUUCUGAAAUUGCUUGUAAAGACAAUCGCGGUGCGUUAGGCACGUUUCUUCAAAUAUUCUCGUCACUCGGUAUUGUAGUAACACUAGGAGUGGGACCCUUUCUAUCGUACACCACCUAUAACGUGUUGUUAACGGCAACGAUAGCUGUAUGCACUAUACCCUUAAUUUUUCUACCGGAUACGCCUUUCCAUCUAUAUGCUAAAGGUCGCAUCGAUGACGCUAUGAAAGUGUUAUCUUCAAUAAGAGGAUCAGAAGAAAAAGCCAAACAAGAGAUGGAAGAAUACAGAUCUAGUAAAAAUAAUGAAGAAAAGGUUGCCAAAGUGGCGUUAUUCAAAAAUCAAAUGUUUUGGAAAUCCGUAUCCUUAGGAAUUUUAGUAGUAGGAGGAGCACAGCUCACGGGAACUAAUGCUGUGCAAUUUUAUUUACAAACUAUUUUAGAGUCUACACAAACUAGCGUUAAGCCUGAAAUUGCGUCCGUUAUUAUUGGCAUAAUUCAAAUUUUGGCUAGCUUUUUCACAACUCCGAGUACUACUUGGUUCAAUAGGAAGACGAUAUUGUUAACAUCUCUUGCGGGAAUAUCCUUUGGUAUGUUGGGACUCGGUACAUUUUUCAAGACAAUCGAAACAGAAGGCUACAAAAUUACCGGCUUUAUGAACUACUUACCAAUUAUAUCACUGAUACUGAUCAAAUUCUGUUACAGUGCUGGUAUCGGUUCGUUGUUAUGGGUGGUAGUAACAGAAAUUUUCGAGGGACCAGCUAGGGCAUUAGGUUUUUCUAUAAGCCUUAAUUCAUCAUCUUUACUUGUAUUUAUAACAACCAAAUAUUUAGCAACAAUGAUUUCAACGGUAGGACCAGCUGCAACAUACUGGUUCUUUAGUUGUAUGUGUGUAUUAGUUGGAACUUUAAUAUACAUUUUAUUACCUGAAACUAAAGGCAAGACGUUUGGUGAAAUCCAGGAGGCAUUGGGUGUCAAAAAAGUGGUCGUUGAAGAUAAAACUGCUGAUGGAAAAAAGGAAAAGAGUAACGUGUAAUUUACAUCAUCAUAGAAAAUUAUAGUUUAACACAAAAGGUUACGAAAAAUAAACAUUUUUCGUUUCGUUUUUGUAGA